AUGUCGGUGGCCAUUCAUCCAACGGUGCGGCAAGCAAAUGGAACGGCGGCAGCCGGCAUCAACGAGAGCACACCAGAAAGAGCGCAAACCGCGACGCGUUGCGACGCGCAGCAAGUGGCGUCUUCAGGUGUUGGUCUCAGCUCGACCGAGCUCGGAAAUUCGGACGAGUCUGUUGGCGGCCAUAAAUCGCAGCGCCCGCUCCGUGCUACACCAAGCGCCAGCCGCUCCUACAACGGUUGCCAGGACGCGAUUUGCCACCGCUGGUGUAGCAUGGCGCAGGCCUCGACCGCCAGUCGAAUCAGCCACCAUGCAGAUGCGCCGGACCGCCGACCCGCCAACCCGCCUAUCCGCCUCCCACCUCGGCGUCGUCGUUCGCAGCUGGCCGAGCGCCGUGCGUUUGCGCAGAUGGCCACGCAGCAGUGGCGCCCAUCGCCUCGCGCUGCUCCGCUCCGCUCUGCAGAAGUCAUGCGGCUCCUAGGUGCGGCGUGCCUGGUACCUUCGCAUGUGUCGCGCCAGCCGAGCAGGAACCCUGCGCUCUUCUCACAAACAUGGAGUGCUUCCUUGGUCGUGCUCCGUUGGACGGUCGAGGAGUUGUUCGAGGAAGAGCCGGGGAUCAGGGACUGA